AUAACAACAAUAUAUGCCAACCUCUUCUAGGGCAAAGGUAAAAAAUGACUUCUUUCAAACUCUACUUGUUCUUCUCCUUCCUCUUCUUCUUUCUUCAACUAUCAAAAGGCUAUGAAAUAUGCCGAACCAGAUGCGGACCGGUGCCGAUUCGCUUCCCUUUUCAGAUUAUCAGUAGCCUACCUGAGAACCGCUGUGGCUAACCGGGCUUCACUGUCUUAUGCGAAAACGAAACCCAAAACAUCCUAACAUUUCCAUCCGGUGAAUUCAGAAUCGAAUCCAUCGACUAUUUGUGGCAACUUAUUAGCAUAAGUGAUCCAAGUAACUGCAGCGCCAAACGUCUUCUUCAGGGAUUUGAUUACUUGAACACUCCUUUUCAGCCACUUUACGCUCGAAACUUCACGUUUCUCAACUGCACAUCCGAUGCACUGAUUUUCCCAAGUACCGGAGUAUCACCAAUUCCUUGUCUUAGUAGUGAAAGUUAUUCCGUCGUGGCUUUACCGAAUGAUCGUUACAAUGGCUCCAAUAUAUUGAGUUGUUCGGAGAUAGCAACGUUUUUAUACCCGAGUUUGCGGGUUGAUGAUUCUUCUGACUCUCUUGGUGAUUUUAUCACCUUGACAUGGAAAAAACCAGAUUGCCAAUCGUGUGAAAGCGUUGCAGGGAUUUGCCAGUUCAAGGCUAUUAUGAGUUUGGAUAUGGGAUGCUUCGAUCCUUUUGAUCCUCGAUUUCUAUCAAAUACUAUAUACGCCGCCAUUUUUGUUGUGGCUUGUGUCUUGUGCAUCUUUGGGCUUAUAACUUGCAUCCAACGCAAGAUAGAGCGUCGUGGCCAAAGCCAACCCAACGCCGCUGACAUCUCCAACUCCACUUACACUCUACAAGGGGGAAAUGUUUUCGCAAAGGGACUCGACAAGCCUACGAUCGAAAUGUAUCCCACGACGUUGCUCGGUGAAAGCAUGCAAUUACCAAAACCCAGUGCCGACGUUUGUCCAAUAUGUCUAUUAGAGUACCAAGCCAACGAGAUUUUACGAACCAUACCUAGUUGCAUGCAUUACUUUCACGCCGAUUGCAUCGAUGAGUGGCUUAAACGAAAUGCAACUUGUCCUUUGUGUCGCAAUUAAAAUAUACUACAAAAAUAUGCUUUUUUUAGUCAGUAACAGAGACUGUUUUUGAAAGCCGCAAGCAUUGGAUUUUAGUAUGCUUUCUAGAGGAUAUCAAUGAGAAAAACGUCAGAGGUCAAGCCAAGCUGCAUUGUCUUGGAUUUUUCAUCUCAAUGUAUAUUUUAUUUGCAAUUAUUCUAUACCCAGGAUUACCAAUUAGAAUUUACCGUGCAUUAAGCGCUUUUCUUUCUGUUUUUGCUUUUUCUUAUUUUUUGGUUCCAUUUAAAUGCAUGGGUGGGUGACA